AUGGUGUCAGGGCCAGAGGAAUCUCGGGCGUCACCAGACAUGAUGUCAGGGCUAGAUGAAACUCGGACUAUACCAGACAUUGUGUCAGGGCUAGAUGAAACUCGGACUAUACCAGACAUUGUGUCAGGGCUAGAUGAAACUCGGACUAUACCAGACAUGGUAAAACUUUUCAUCAAGUUUAGAUUAUGUGAACGUGACCUUGAACUAGCUAAAGAUAGAUUAAAAACAUUCCCAGAAUGCAAAGUCCAUAUAUCAGAAAUGGAAGAAAUAAACUUUCAGGACCCCAGACUUGUUAUGAGCAAAGCUGAUGCUCAAUAUAUGGAGAUUGAGACAAUAUUUGAUUUUUUCAAAGGUGUACAGCCAGAAGAUAUUCAUCCAUGGCCAAGAAGGUCGCUUCUGACAUCAGAAUGGACCGACACAAAGACGAUAUUCCUCCAACUAGAAUUUCCGGAGGAAAUGGCAAAAUUAGCUGCAGAUGAGAAAAGAGCCGAAUAUCAAGACAAAUACAGGAAAUUCUUUUUCCCAGAAAUAUACGCCGCGGAGGAGUUCAGCCGUCUUGUCAAAUGGAAACUGCUGGAAAAACGUAAUGGCGAAAAGGUAAAGCGUGCAAAACUUCUGAGAGACAUCGAGAACAGUAAGAUGGAAAAAGACAGAAGGCAGGGAAAAGACAAUGUGAAGGAAGAGGAGAAAUACGAUGAAAAGGAAGAUGAGAAAGAAAUGAUAAAGAUUGAAGAUGUGGUUCUCGUAACAUCAGACAAAGCAGAAAAACGGAAGUGUUUUCUCUCUUGCUUCUGUUUCUAG